AUGAAAAGCUCUCUCUAUCACGAUUCCGAUUCAGAUUCUUCUAUUACUCAGCAGCAAGAAGAUUUAACCCAAGCCAAUAUAUUAUGACAAUGGCUCUCCCCUCAACAAAAAAAAUUCUUAACAAGCCAAAAAAGUGUCUCCCUCUACCACAGCAGAUGACACAAAAAAGGUGGAAUCCCUAGCUUAUUUCCAGGAAAAAUCUUAAUACAGCCUGAUAACCCAGAAUUUAUUCAAUGGACAUGGCCUCAUGAUUUGCAUAAAAAUUUGAUUUCUAUAUAUGAUAUAAAGCAGGCCAGUGGAUUUUUGCAAGGAACUAAAGCAUUAGAUGUGUUAUUAUCUAUAAUGAGACCUAAGGACUCAAUAUCUCCCUCAACUAUUAUUGCAAUUGCAGUAGAUGGAAACGUGCUUAUAGUUGUUUUUGAUAAUGAAGAAACAUGUAAAAAUUGAAAAGCUGGGCUAUUGAAGAUGCUGAAUAGUUUAAAUAUCCUGGAGUCUGAUGGAGAAGAAGACGCUAGGUUUUUAACAGUAAAAGGGUCUGGAGUUUGGACUAGACAAACAUCUGUUGAUGCUUUAGAUUCGCGAGCUUAUAUUUUUGAUUUAUCUGAACCAAAUAUUCCAAAUAGCUCUUGGAGAGAAAUCAAAGCGACACUUGUAUAUGAAGAUGACUCUUCACAUAGCGAAUAUUUAAUUUUUGAUAGGUCGCAAGAGAAUUUAAAUAAUUCUGUUAAUGAAGUUUUACGGUCUAUUGAAACGCACUUACUCCCCCCCCAUCCUUGAUCGAACGACUCACUAUCGUUCGAUCAAGGAUGGAGGUUAAAAAAAAAAAAUUUUUUGGGAAAAAAUUUAUAUAUUAAAAUAAAAAAUAUAUAUAUAUGUUUUUUAUUUACUUUUAAAUAAGAUAGUUAAGAGUAUUUAAUAAUUAUUUUUUUACAGCAAAAAAUUGAAUUAAUUUCAUAAAAAUACCAAUUUUAAUAUUUUGAUUUAUUAGUUACCCCUUUAAACUGUAUAAAUUUUAAUUUGUUCCUUAUUAAAUUAAAUUUGUUUUUUUUUAAAAUUUAAAAAAUCCCUAUUUUAUUAGAUUAUUAAGUUUUUAAGCCUAGGUUGAUGACUAAAUCACUUUUAAUGGUUGAUUUCGAAGCUUUCUGUCGUCUUAAGGUCUCUGAAAACAACUUAAUUAUGUACAUCUUCCCAAGCUUUUGAUAACUAAUAUAUUUUUAUAUAUAUAAAAAUUGUCAUGAUAUGAAAAUCGUUCGAUCAAGGAUGGGAGUUAAUUUCCAAAAUUUUUAGGAAUUUUUUACAGUCAAUCGUUCGAUCAAGGAUGGGGGGAGCUAGACUUUUCAAAUAGAGAACUUUUAAAAGAAUAUUUAGAAGAUAUUAUGAGAAAUGAAUUAAAACUCAGAAAUGAUAUAUAACUCAUGCAACUAUAUAGAUUUCUUUAUCGAAAAAAAUGUAAUGGAGGUUGAACAACUAAGAUAGACUCUCUUGAAGGGACGAGAUAAAAAUUACAUGUCAAAAAGUUUGACUUACUUACUUACUUACUUAAUUAUUAACUGUGUUUAGCGCCAUUUACGGGGUUGCCCCGACCCAGAGCUUCCCGCUGCUUCUUCGCCGCACAGGGCCCGCCGACCGUCUGGGGCCAGUCAGCCUCGAUCACCAAUAUGCGUCUCCGAGCAGUGUUGCCGACUAAGGCGGCUCAUGCCUGAGGUACUUGGCUUGUGGACACGGGUUGCCAUUCCGAAAACCCAAAAAAUGGAUUUUCUGGUAGGCUCUCGGCAAAAAGGAAAAACACGAAGCCUGGGACGUAACGCCCAGUUUCACGCUAGGGAGUUGCCCGAUUGGUCCUAACGGACUUGGCUGAGCUUCCCCCUUUCCAACUUGCGUGCCUCCUUCCCCAUGAGGAAAAAACAUUCCCGAAAGUAGACUUGGGCUAAGCUCUGAGCACAACCAGAAUUGCUUACCUAGCAUUGCUGUCCGUCUCUGAAAUGCAAAACCUUGCCGGAUAUAAUUAAAAUAUGAGUCGAGUAUUCAUGGCCGAAGGUCAUGCCCAGACGAAGACGCCAUAUUUUAAGUAUGUCAAAAAGUUUGACAAGCGUGAAAAAGAUGACAGGCAAACGCGCCAAAUUUUUAAAAUGGCUUUAUUAUUAAAUUUAAGAUACCCUUAUAGACUGGAGUGAUAAGUAAUAAAUAGUAUUAUAAGCCAUUGAGAAUUUUAUAAAGAACAACCAGCGCUCAAUACAAACUUUGACUUUUAAGAGCAUUUGAUCAUAAACAAAUUGGUAUUGCUUAUUUAAAAAUCUUCUUAAUUUAACAGAAUUAAUGCCAUCAUGGCAUGCCUAGUAGCGACAGAUGAACUCAGAAUUUUUGCCAGAAAAUAAAAAAGCUGGCGGAAAGGCUACGAGGUCGCAGGUGGCUUAAUUUCGGGGUGGGUGCGGUCUGGGCUAACUGGGCCUCCCCUUGACCCACAGACGAAAAGACUGACGGCGCAAUACCAAUCGAGGACUUCUGGAGGAGCAUUAUGUUGCUUGCAAAUGGCAGAGGUAGUUCCAGAAGGAGGCAUCGGACGGUCCCCUCAUACCCUGAGCACUACCAGGGGUUAAGAGAGUUUUUUUGCUGAAGCAUUUUGGCCCAAGCAGGUUCGGGUGAGUCUCCCCGAAAGAUGCUGACGUCAACAUUUUUGAUGACGCCAUCAGAAAAGGGCGGCAGGUGGCUUUAGUGACUAGCGCCACACGAGCGUGAAGCUGAAGCUCAAUUGUAUCAGGGGCUGAAAUAAUCCCCGCUUUAACCCUCUCUAAUCUAAAAAUCUCAAUCUCAAUCUCAAUCUCAAUCUCAAUCUUAAUUUAACCUAAUUUACUUUUUAAGUUAAACUCUCAAGAAAAGGGGAAAAAGCAAAUAAGGCAUCCAUCAAUCUCAUUCUAAAAGAUAUCUUAAAUAUAAAUUUAUUCAAUAAUAAAGCCAUUUUAAAAAUUGGCAAGCUUGCUUUUUAACUUUUUUCACACUUUGCAAUCAUUUUUUGACAUGACACUUUUUACACUUUUAAAAUAGAAAUCCAGCCUGUCCCUUUGAGAGAGUCUGCCUUGGUCGUUUCAACCGUCCAUUACUUUAUGUUCUGUAAAGAAAUCUAUAUAUGGCAUGAGAUAUAAAAAGGAAAGUUUUAAAAUGAUUAAAAAUAAAGUUGUACCAUAUACAUCAUAUAAAAAAAGAAGUGUUAAAAGAUUUAAAAGGGAAUAUUCAGGCAUAAAUGGUGGAGAUAUUUCAAAAGAAAUUAUCAAUCAGUUAAAUGGCAGUGAAAAACUAUAUUUUGGAAACAAAGUUACAAAUGCUUUUCAAAUGCUUUUUCUACAAAGGCUAUCAUUAAGUCUAGAAACCCAUUUUUUAGCCAAGGAGUCAAAGAGAAGAAAAAUAAAUGAAGAAGCUUUGCUACUUAAUACAGAAAAAAAUAACAUUGAAGUCGAUGUAAAGAUGAAUCAAAAAGAAAUUGAACGAAAAAUUGAUGAAAUUAUGCAGAAAAGGGUGCAAAAUAAUCAAAAUAGCAAUAACGAUGACAAGGAUAAAUCAUAUGGGUGUAGGCCAUUUGCACUAAAAGAUGCAUGCAGCUGUUUAUUGAUGUAG